CAAGAAGUAAGCAUUUUAUUUACACGAUGAGGUUUUAUGUAGUUCUAGGACUGGUCUGUCUUGCAGCCCUGACUGCGAAUGCAGACAAAGAUUUACGUCAAGUCUUCAAGGAUUGGAAAGUUCAGUUCAGCAAGAAUUACGGAGGUGGACUCAGAAAUGAACUGGCCCGAUUCCGUCAGUUCAAAAAGUCUGCUCAGACUAUCGAAUACAUAAACUCUAUCCAGAGUGAUUGGGUGGCUGGGUUCACACUGUUUGCAGAUAUGACUGAUGAGGAGAAGGCUGCCUUCACCGGGCUGAAGUUGAACGACACCGCAUCAGAGCCGAGCGUAGAAUACGGUCCGAGUCCACUGGACCCCACCGAUCCUGAAAAACAAUAUUGGGACAUGGGUCCUGUCAAGAAUCAAGGGUCUUGCGGAAGUUGUUGGGCUUUUGCUGGUGUUGGGGCCAUGGAGGGUAUGCACCUGAAAGAGCACGGAGAAUUCAGGGAUUUUUCCGUGCAAACGAUACUGGACUGUGCUUUUGAAGGGUACAGAGACGGCUGCAAAGGAGGAUGGAGUGAGUCAGCCAUCAGAUGGGCUGGGAGUGACAGCAGGAUAUCUAACUCUGAAGAUUACGGUUAUCUUCCUCUCCAACAGGACAACAAAUACAAAGGCAGAGAUGGAGAGUGCACAGACCUGAAGAAACCCUACAAUAACGCACUUCGACGUGCAAAGCCGUACGCGUAUACUGCUGAGAUCCCGUCCAGAACCGAUGCUGGGUUGCAACAUGCUCUGGCUACACAAGGUCCUAUCAUUGUAAGUAUUUACAGUUCCUGGGCUCUACCUUUCUACACUACCGGCACCUACAAAGGAACAGGGUGCGGGGAGAACCCUACUCCCAAUCAUGCAGUGGUGGUCGCUGGAUAUGAGAAGGAUUACUGGUACGUGAAGAACAGUUGGGGAAGUUGGGGUUACAGCGGAUACGCUUACUUCUCCAGAGGUUGGGAGAACCUCUGCUCCAUUUCUAGCAGAAGGAAGAUACUCGAGUGGAGGCCUAACGAGAAUUGGAAGAUUUGUACAGACACCCAUCCCUCGGAGCGGACACCAUGUGACUCCAGUGCCAACCUGAACCAGGAGGUCUGUCAGGCUAGAGGCUGCUGUUAUGAUUCCAACUACGCGGGAACUGCCGCUCAGUGCUUCAUCAAGGGCAAGGUAACUAUUUACGACGGUGAAGGGAAGAGGCGAGUUUUGUACGCCUCAGCUGAAGAGUUUAGUCAGUUCGAAUUCAGCUACUACGGAAAAGCGGCUCAGGUGGAAAUAGGAUCCUGGAAACUGUUCGUCGAAGAUGAUUACUAUGGGGACUAUAAGAUAAUCAAACCAGAAGAUGGUAAAGUUACUUUUGACUUCCAAUCUGUACAAAUAUUGAAUAACUAAUAUUGAAUAA